UCUCCUUACACUCUUGUUCCCGUACUGUGAUAAAAGAGGGAGCGCCGGCUCCUGGCCGCUUAGUCAGUUGGGGAAGACGAUUCUCGCGGUCAUCUUCCUGAUGCUCAUCUUCCACGGGAAAUAAGGAAAGAGAAGUACGACUUGGAUGGUCAAAAUAAUACUCUUCUCCCGGAAGUUAUUAGACCUGAGGCGGAACCGGAAGACCCAGGUAGUGGUGCCACGUCCGUCGCUGUGUUGCCUACUCCCCGAGUGGGACCUCGGAAGGCGCGAUGGCAGAUUGGACUCGAGCUCAGAGUUCUGGUGCUGUGGAGGAGAUUCUAGACAGAGAGAACAAGCGGAUGGCUGACAGCCUGGCCUCUAAGGUCACCAGGCUUAAAUCGCUGGCUUUGGACAUCGACAGGGACACGGAAGACCAGAACCGAUACCUAGAUGGCAUGGACUCAGAUUUCACAAGUGUGACUGGCCUACUCACAGGGAGUGUGAAGCGCUUUUCCACGGUGGCACGGUCUGGGCGAGACAACCGGAAGCUUCUGUGUGGUAUGGCUGUGGUCUUAAUUGUGGCCUUCUUCAUCCUCUCCUACCUCUUGUCGAGGACAAGGACGUGAGCCAGUGGGAGCCAAGGGCAGCCAGACUCUUGUCCACCUGGUAUCCUGGCUUCCUAAGGACCUGACUACAGAAACAAUAUUCCUUUGAAAUUAUCAUCACGGGUCAUUCGUCUUCCUAAGUCAGGACGACUGCGGCUGCCUCUGUCGUAACGAGCUCCUCUUGGCUUGUCCUGUGUAUGAAGGAAGAAGAAAAAGGCAAAACCCAGUGCUACUCCCUGGUGCUAAAGACACUGGCAGAGUCAGAGCCAUGUUGUAUGAGAAUGAGCCAGUUCUAUUGAGAGCAUCUGAGAGUGCUGAAUGCGCCUACCGUGGCCAGUGGCCACACUCCUCAAGGGCCUUCUGUUGUGCUCUAACCUGUUUAUGUCUGGUUUAAACCAUGUCCGUGUUCUUGAAGAGUCUGAAGCUGACACCAGAAGGGAAUGUGGCCGUGAGCCCUCUCCAAAUGAUGGUCGUCGGGAUGGGGUUGACAGUGACACCAGGCUGAGACUGCUGGUCAGGAAUGGACCUGUGCAGUCUGGCUCAAUUCAGACCCCAGGGAAGAGGCAAACUGUGGAUAGAGGAGCAGACUGCAGUCCAGAGGCACUGGUCUAAGAUCCUUCUGGGCUGUAAGACCAUGUUUCCAGGAGCACAGAUGUGUGUCCUUGGCAUUGAGAAUCUUCCCAGUAUCAAAGAUGCCUCCAUCCCUGGGUAGCUUUCAGUCAGGCAGUGCUGGAGUGGUCUCUCUGCUGGGAAUCCUUAUGGGGCUGGAGGCCACCCAUGAAAGCAUUUGUGUAGUGGGAACUUGACCUUGUACUGAACCUUGCCCUACCCCGUACAGCCAGUCUCCCUUGUGAGGGAGAUUGAGCCACCUCCUUGUUGCACAACUCCAUAGACUCACCCGCUCUGCCGGCCCUCCCUGCCACUGUGGCCAGCCCCAUUUGCACACAAACUGACUUGCGGAGCUGACAGGGCCGACAGGACCUCGCACCUUUUGUUUUCACAUAAAAUGUCUUUAAGAAAUGA